CAACUCUUUAAAUACAAUAUAUAUGUUACAUGUUGCCGUGUGACCACAGCCACCCUCCACCACCAUGACAAGCCACCGAAAAAUCCUGAUCGUUGCGUACUCCGGCAAAGGCCACAUCAACCCGGCCCUCCGGUUCGCCAACUGCCUCCUUCAAACUGGCGUCCAAGUCACCUUUUGCACCAGUCUCUCCGUCAUUCAACUUAUCGACAACGAAACCAUCCCUCCGGGCCUAACUUUUGCCCCGUUCUCCGAUGGCCACGACCGCGGAAAACAACCAAAUACACCCCUCCAACAAUUUGUCUCCGAUUUUGAAACAAAUGGUGCCCGUUCUGCGGCAGAGGUUAUUUCCUCUGCCGCGCACACAGGGCAACCGUUUGACUGUUUGGUCUACACCACUGUGAUACCGUGGGCAGCACGUGUAGCGCAUGCCCACGGUAUCAAAUCCGCACUUUUAUGGUGCCAGUCAGCAUCCAUCCUGGAUAGCUACUACUACUAUUUCAAUGAAUAUCAAAGUUUGAUAUCCUGCAACAACAACCACCCAACGUUUCUGAUCGAUCUGCCUGGGUUGCCAGAGCUAUCAAUCGCGGAUUUCCCUUCGUUUUUGUUGGCUUCGUGCCCGAAGGAACACGAGUUUCUUGUUCAAGUUAUGCAUGAUCAUAUCAAAGUACUAAAACUAGAUACAAGUAUUCCAAGAAUACUUGUAAACACUGUUGAUGAACUCGAAUUCGACUCUAUUCGAGCAGUUAAGGAGCUCGAGUUUCUUCCGAUCGGGCCUUUGAUUAGGUCUGACGGAAGAAACUCUUCAGAGUAUUCUCCAGGAAUGGAUUUCUUCGAGAAAACAGAAGACGAUUACAUCCAAUGGUUAAACACGCAACCGAAAUCGUCAGUUGUGUAUGUUUCAUUCGGGACAAUAGCGAGUUUCCGAAUGGAACAGCUAGAGGAGAUGGCGAUCGGGUUAAGAGAGAUUCGCAGGCCGUUUUUAUGGGUGAUAAGAGACAGUAAUCAAGCGGAAAGAGUGCGAAAGAUAGCGGGAUUGGGGAAACAUGGGAUGAUAGUGGGAUGGUGUUCUCAAGUGGAGGUAUUGAGCCACGAAGCAAUUGGGUGUGUUGUGAUGCAUUGCGGGUGGAAUUCGACGGUGGAGGUGUUGGUGGCAGGGGUUCGUACUGUGGCGUUUGCGCAGUGGUCGGAUCAGCCGAUGAAUGCGAAGAUGAUUGAAGAUGUGUGGAAAAUCGGGGUGCGGGUGAGGACGAGGGAGGAGGAUGGGAUGUUGGAGGGGAAGGAGAUUAAGAGGUGUGUGGAGAUGGUGAUGGAAGAUGAACAGAUGAAGAUGAAUGCUGAGAAAUGGAGAGAGGUGACAAGAGAAGCUCUUGAUAAUGGUGGAUCAUCCACCAUUAACCUUCAAACUUUCUUACAUUAUCUAUGAAACUUGAAGGGUAUGGAGGUAAAUGACCAUUGUUUCGGUUAUGA